AUGCUACCUCGGCAUUGCUACUACACAAACGGUUUUGAGACGGAUAAGUGGAGUGGUCGAAGUCACAGCCAAACUAAGGACCUCGAAUCCGCUCCAUCGUCGUUGAGGACCUCUGAUCAAAUGCACCUUCUUAAUGAUGCCAACCACAUGGAGAUUCCGUUCAUUACCGAUAAGGGAUCAAGCAACACCACCCGUGGAAAUGAUAUCUUUCGUAUACUCCUCUUCACCCUAGCCAUAGCCCUCUCCUUUCAAGCAUGGUCAUAG